AGCCCGCCAUUUUUGCGACUUCUUCGCAACUUCGCGAGUCGGUGGACCGUGGACGGUGUCACGGUGGUCCGUUAACCCGUCGGACGGUCAGCACACGGCGGCAAGGUUGUCGGCAGCCCGCUUGGCGCUUAUCACUCAUUCACUCUCGCCUCUCAUCUCUCAUUCUCUCCAGAGCUCGACUGCUCCAGACUCCAGUGCUCAGCCAGCCAUUUUUGCUCUUCCUCGCCCGGCCGCUUUGCCUUGCAAAAUGUUGUGCAUAUGGUCAUUCGGUCAUUCUUCUCGACUUGGUCAUCUGUAAUCAUGAAUACUCAAGCCAGAGCUAACGUAAAUUCUCUCAACAUUCAAAAAUUUAUCCAAAUUCAGAAAAACCUUUCAAAACCAACUCCAAAGCUUUGGCCUAAUGACCCCAUUUCCAACCCAGAAGAUAAAGGAGCGUGCAUGUCAUGGCGAAGCAAUCCCAUCUUGCUCAAGCUAGACAAAAUCAAACCCACACUCCAACAGUUAAACCAAGUUCAUGCCCAGCUCAUUGUCUCUGGAAUCUUUCAGCACCCCAUGCCCUUGGGCCGGCUUGUGAAAAAGCUCUGUUCUUCGAAAGCCACACUUCCUGAUGCUGCUACGCUCUUUGGCUAUAUUGAACAGCCUGAUGCUUUUAUGUGCAAUACAAUCAUGAGAGGUUAUGCAAGUUUUGAUGAGCCCGGAACUGCUUUAGCAUUUUACUUUCAUAAAAUGGUUAAAGAAGGGAUCUUUCCGAAUAAAUAUACAUUCCCGGUGUUAUUGAAUGCCUGUGCUGAUAUGUGUUCACUAAGAGAGGGUGAGAAGGUUCACGCCAAUGUAGUGAAGCAUGGAUUCGAGUUGGAUUUGUAUAUUAGAAACACUAUGAUUCAUAUGUAUGCGGUGUGUAGGAGGGUUGGAGAUGCAAGGAAGGUAUUUGAUAUGAGUCCCGAAUCAGAUUUAGUUACUUGGAACACUAUGAUAGAUGGCUAUGUUAAAAAUGGGGAGGUGGGGUUUGCCCAUCAGGUGUUUGAUACAAUGCCUGAGAGAGAUGUUUUCAGUUGGAACAUAAUGAUUUCGGGUUAUGUUGGGAUUGGGGAUCUAGACACUGCAAAGCAGUUGUUUGAUAAUAUGCCUUCCAGAGACAUUGUUUCUUGGAAUACUUUGAUUGUUGGGUAUUCUCAAAUAGGAGAUGUCAUUUCUGCUCGAUCAUUGUUUGAUCAGAUGGGUUGCUUCCGUGAUGUUGUUUCAUGGAAUUCUAUGAUGGCUCUAUAUGUGAGGAUAAAGGACUGCAACGAGUGUUUGAGAUUGUUUGAUAUAAUGAUGGGAGGAGGAGGAGUUAAGCCAAACGAGGCCACCUUAGUGAGUGUCUUGACUGCUUGUGCACACAUGGGGAGGUUAGACAUAGGGGAAAAGAUUCAUUUCUAUAUCAACAGUAACAGGCAAAAAAUAAAACCUGAUAUUUUGCUGUCAACCGCCGUUUUAACGAUGUACUCGAAAUGCGGGGCAGUGGAUCUGGCCAAGCAAGUUUUUGAUGAGAUGCCAGAGAAGAGUGUCGUGACAUGGAAUUCUAUGAUAAUGGGGUAUGGAAUACAUGGCAAGGGUGAGAAAGCUCUUGAAAUGUUUUUGGAUAUGGGAAGGUGUGGAAUGAUGCCAAAUGGUGCUACUUUUGUGUGUGUUUUGAGUGCUUGUGUUCAUGCCAAGAUGUUAGUAGAGGGUUGGUGGUGCUUCAAUUUGAUGCUCAGAGUCUACAUGAUUGAACCCACGGAUGAUCAUUUUGGAUGCAUGGUUGAUCUCCUUGGACGGUCUCGUUUGCUGAAGAAUGAUUCUGAUAUCUUUCCCCUCACGGAGUUGGGUUCUACACUUUGGGGUUCCUUACUGUCAGAUUGUGGGACCCAUUUAAAUACAGAGCUUGGUGCUAUCAUGGCUAGGGAGUUGAUCAAAUUGAAGCCAGAUGACAUCGGACCAUAUCUACUGCUAACUUAUAUAUAUGCUGUAAAAGGGAGAUGGGUGGAUGUUGAGAAUGUUAGAAAUAUGAUGGCUGAUGCAGGAAUAGAGAAUGCCAAAGAUUUAUCCAAUGAAUCUUUCCACAGAAAGAGUGUGUUGUACUCUAUGCUUGCUGAUAUUGGGGCUGAAAUGAAAUUGACAUGCCGUGAAGCUCUUAUGUAAAUCAUCCUACAUAAUUGCAGUACUUUUUCCUGCUGAAGGAUUCAUCACAUGUCGGCCGCAAGAUUUCCAUCGCUCAAUGUACGGCUCAGGUCAUUUUUCGGUUUAUCGCUUGGCAGUUCCAUCUCUUCCCAUUUUUCGGUCUCUCCAGUACUCAUUUGUUGAUGACCUAAACCCUUUCACUCCUUCCUUCUCUCAUUGAAAAAAUUCAGUUCAGAAUUUCAGACCUACUCUCAGUCGCUUUUUUUCGAUGGAUUAUCCAGAUCAGUUCGGCCAUAGCACAGCUUAAAUGACUUCUCAGGGUUUGAUUCUCAUACUCGCCGGGAUGUACCCUUUUCAAAAUUGGAUUCAUAUUAAGAAGAUAAACAAGUGACUGAUUGGGUAUCUAAGUUUUCAAUGGGGCUUCAUUUUGUUAGAUAUUUCACAUUGGAAGAAGCUGGAGCCGGUAUCAAAAUAAUGGACUAAUAAAUUAACAUUACUACUUUACAAGGAAAAAAGAGUUUCUAUAUAACAUUGAUGUUUGAUUUCUACAUGUAACACAUUGGGCCACCCCCCCUCUCACCGUGGUUGACUCUCUUUCUCACUUCAUCGCCCUCAGAUUUUUCACUAAGGUAUGGCUGGGGUGCAUAUUUACCAACUCAUCUAGACAAUCACCAGUUCACCACCACAUUAAAGAAGGAUUUAUCAAGUGACUAUGUUGUGUGGCAUCAAUUUUUUGAAAAUUCAUAAUGCAAAAUGUAUAUUGUACUUAUUUUUAUGAGAACAGUUUUGAAGUACAUUGUUACUAUUGUUAUGCUAUAAUAAGGAAACUUUUGUCAUUAAUAAAUGAUAUAUAAUCCAUUUUCAGUA